AAACAGAUUCUCAACCAACCAAGGAUGGACCUCCCCACCAAGUUCGGGCGAAUUUACCCGCAAAUGCCACUGGACAAAACUCCCGUGCCCCCCCUUCUCUCCCCUCACGGACACCCUCCCAGGCUCGACACAGAACCCAUCGAGCUCUCACGCGCAAGACAUGGAGCUCCCGGCCUAGGGUUAGCUCUGCAGCCCGCCCCCACGUCCGCCGUCCGCCGUCCGGUCGUCCAGGCUGCAGUUCUCCGUCGCCGGCGACAUCCCUGCGCCCCCGUUUUGCUGCCUCCAGGUGGAACGGCCUCCCUGCUUGCUACGUGCUGCCUAGCAUUCAGAAGGCUUGUGCUUGGUUAUUUCUGCACCACCAUUUGCCGGACUGAACAAGAUUGGAAUGACGAGAACACUAGACUUGUGUGUGAAUUAUUUGCUGAACAAGUGACGGCACACAAUCGCAGUGGCACUCAUCUUAACAAGAGUGGCUACAAGAAUGUGAUGGAAAAAUUUAAGGACAAAACCGGGUUGGAUUAUUCUAGACGGCAGUUCAAAAAUAAGUGGGACAAGAUGAGGAGAGAGUAUGCUAAUUGGAAAAGAUUGGUUAAGGAAACCGGAUUAGGAUGGGACAAUGAGAAAAAAACCUACACAGCACCAGACAGUAGGUGGAAGCAGCUGAAUAAGGAUUACCCAGGAAUUAACAAGUUCAAAGAUGGACCUCUUCAGUUCGAAGAAUUGAAGACUAUUAUGUUUGAAGAUAUUCGGAACUCGGGAGACGACCAUUGGGCUCCAUCAAGUGGUGCUGCACCGGCUAGUCAACAGGAUGCUGAACCUGAUGAAGCGGAUGAUAGGGAUGAAGAUUGUGAUGAUAAUGAAGCAAGUGAUGACUGUGAUGAGUACUCCCCUGAACCUUCAAGGGGAAAGCGUCCUGCUCCUGCUAACCGGAAAGAUAAGGGUAAAAACCAAAGACUUCAGGAGGGCAUUGGGUACAAAAAGAAUUGAGCAAGCUUGUUUCUU